ACUAAUCCUGCUGUUAAGUCCGCUGUAAAAUCGGUCAAAGAAAGUUCUCGUGUGGCCAAGCACGCCUACAAAGAUCUCAAAUCGAAAUUACGUGAUAUAACACCACCAAAUCCGUCAUCAUCCUCACAUUUACAUCACAACCACCACAACAACAACAAUUUCCGUUCCCACCUCAAUUCGAAUACACCACACGAUCGUUUGGAUGGUGUCAGUGUCGGCAGCGGUUAUGUAACCUCAUCGAGUGGCAACAGCAAAGAUUCCUCGAAAUCGUUGAAAACCUAUUUGGGACGCCAUUCGGCACCCAGUUCACCCGUGUUCUGCAAACGCAUUGGCAGCUCAUCGGCUGCCGUAUUCCAAUAUGCUCCCAAAGAUCAAAUCAGCAAUGCUUCACAACAUCUGCGCCGCGGCCCAACGGCGCUGGCCAUGUCAAAUUCCAGUACGCACAUACAGUCGAAUGGUUAUGCGAAAUCUUCUCCGAUUUCUUUUAAUCACAAUCAUCAUUUGGCUUCAUCUCCUACCAUUAGUCCGGCGAGUUCGUUGUGUUCGUCGGAAAUGAAUUUGUCACAGGAAUUGCAAAAUCAUCCGCUGUUCAAGUCACCCAUUGUGGAUCGAAGUCUUAAGCCAUGCCAUAGUUUAGAGUCUAAUCAUCGCAUAACUGCCACAAGAACAGGAGGACCACCUCCAGCUAGGCCACCACCACCAGCACCUCAUCUAUUACAGCUAUAUCAGCAGCAAAGUCAGCAAACGCAGGCGCAACAACAACAGCUAAUACAACAGCCGGCGCAAAUGCAACAUCAACAACAAUUGCCAAAUAAUCCCACCUAUUAUAAUCACCCGUAUGGUUCACAUCCCCAUGUGGAGGGUAAACCACCACCACACCUGGCACGGCCAACACCAAAUCUUUUUAUACAUACCACCGAUUCGUCAUAUGACACACCACCGGAUAUGCUAUCACCGCCCGUACCACCGCGAAGGCAACAAUUGCACCAGCAAUCGGCAACUUUACCACUCAACAUUUCGGCCUCCUCCUCGAUGGCAAUGUUCAGUGACAAUGAUAACAGUGGUGUCAGUGGUGGUGGUAAUGCGGGGAGUAUAAAUGCUUUAACCCAAGCCGUGGCCGCAACAGCAGCUGCUGUUACCGCUGGAAUAACACGUUUGGAACGCAAUUGUUGGCAAGAUUAUGCCGAGACACAACUUUUACAAAAAGAUUCAUUGCGUAGCUCAUCAUCAUCGUCGUCGAAUCAAUCGAAUCUGUCGACAUCAUCUUCAUCGAGUGCUUCUUUUGUAACGGCAGCAUCACGUUUUUCACUUUAUCAAUCAUCACCACCGCAACAGCAACAACUGCAACAGGGUUGUGAACCACCCAUACCGGCACCACGUCUCAAGAAAGAUAAAGAGUCCUUGCGUUCUCUACAGCCCCAACAUAUGACACUGGGCCUUAAUGAUACAACGACCACCACAAUUGCUAGCGCAAAUACCACUAGUACCGAUGCCGGUUCUCAUUCUAAUGCUUCCGAAGAGUCAAUGAAAGAUCUAAUAUCGCUGGACGAUAGUCACAAUAGUAGUUUUGAUUUGGAGGAUUUUGAUCCAUUGAAUCAGAAUGCUCGUCCUUUGCCCCCGCUUGGUGGCAAUGUUGGUAUGAACAGUAAAUCGACAACAUUGCCAGCCACUGCUACUAGUAGAACCACACCCAGCCAUCAGCAGCAGCACCAGCCAACAGCUUCCUUUAUAACAGCGGCCAAUAAUAGUAUAAGUAAUCCAUUGUAUACAUUUUAUACACCCCAGCAUAUGGCUACAUCUAUGACGGCUCAACAACACGCUCCCCUAACAAGGAUCCAAACACCCACAACAUCAGCAACAACAUUAAUGCAGCAGCAUCAACCCCCGACACCAUCUUCCGAAAUUCCACCACCUUUACCCAAAUCGGUACCACCUCCUAUGCCACCGCCCGAUGAAGAUUUUGAAUUAUUGCGAAAAUAUGGUCUUGAUCAAUUUACACUAAUAACGACUUCUGUAACAGCGACAAGUACCAGUGCCACAACCAUGGCCGGUACGACAUCAUCCCAGCAGAAUGGCCUUACAACGACGGGUAUGCAGAAUUGGACCACGUUUGAUUGA